AUGGAUUGGCACGACAAAUCCAUCCCUCUGUUCGUUGUCACGAUUGCCAUGAUCGUAUUACCACUUGUUGUCGUUCCUCUACGAUGCUAUGUUCGUAUUACACGGCGGUCUUUCAAGAUCGAUGACUGGCUCAUCAUCGUGGCUUUGCUAUUCCAUCUCGGAGCUUGUGCAACCACACUCUGGGGAUUCAUGUAUGGCCUUGCCAUGCCUGAUAAGGUUCUUACCGAAGAGAACAGAAUGAAAGGUGUUCAGACAUUUGCCAUGUACAAGCCGAUAUACACAAUCGCUACGGGCUUGAUCAAAUGCAGUAUCUGUUACACAUUUCUUCGCCUCUCGACUGCCCCGAAAGUUAGACGCUCCCUACACUGGAUCAUUAUCAUUGUCAGCAUCUCUUCGCUCGUCAUGUUUGUCGGAUCAUUCGUGUACUGUGUACCAUAUGCUGCCAUCUGGACUCAUUGGCAACAUCCUCACACUCCUGGAUACUGCUUGCCUGGAGCGGUUGUCUUGACUGUUGGAUACGCUUUUGCCUGUAUUACCAUCAUUACGGACUUUGCUUGCGCCAUCAUUCCUGGAGUCAUCCUAUGGCAAACAGUGAUGAGCACGAGAAACAUGUGCUUAGCAUGGGCAACGUUGGGGCUGGGUGUUUUGGCUGCCGCAAUGACGAUUUGUCGUUUGCCCUACAUUGCCUACUGGACACACGACCACAACCAAUCAUAUGGCCUGGGGAGAAUCCUCCUUUUCGAAUUGCUCGAAUGUGGCCUUGGCAUCUUUGCCUCCUGCGCUCCUGCUCUCAAACCCUGGCUCUCCGCAUCCAUCACCUCUUUCACCUCUCUCCUCCACCGCCUCACCCGAUGGACAACUCUCGGCUCCUCAAUAUCAUCUUCCUGCUCUCGUCAAAACCAGGAUCUUGAGAAAGGACCUCCUGUGCCAAUAACAACAACUACUUCCUCUUCUCGUCCUGACUCUACAUCCUCAGCACCCCCUGUACCUCGUAUGGAUCUCGUAAUUCCAGACAUCGAGGAUACAGUCAUGGAUAGCGUCAUGGAUGCACAGGACAACAAAGCUUGGGAUGACUACGAACACGAACGCUCAGGAAGCGGAAGAAGUAAUGUACCCGUCAUCAUCGUCUCGAGAGUCAGACCGGAAAGUGGUGAUUACACCAACACAUGGAAUGUCUCGAGAGCUGAAGAUGAUUAG